UGUAUGAGCACCUGGUGUCUGUCUGUUUCUAAGGAACUUCAUUUACCAGGCUGGAUCCCCAUGAGGUCAGACACUGCAUCUGAUCUACCUACAUACCCUCCCCUAGACGGCUUGACACCUGCCGCACACAAGGUCCCAGGGGCAUGGAGGUCGAGCGGGCAAGCCCAGUGUCUCACGGCGACCGAAACAGAGCGUUAUUUCAAGGAGAUGACUCGGAAGGAGACCAGCUCAGCGAGCCCCAGCGCCAGGCAGGCCCCCUAGGAAAGAAUGAGUUCAAAUGGGCCAGAUGGGGCUGAGGAGAGUUAUGGAGAAGAGGAGAGGGAGUCUGUGGGCCUGAGCAUCAGAAGCUCAUUUCAUGCAUCAGUACCCCCCGGGGCUCAGCUUCCGCCUUCUGCCAGUGCCUAAGGCCAGCCACAGCGUCUGGGGCAGGAGCCUGCCCAGACGGGUCCAAGAUGCUCCUGCCACUACUCUUGGCCGUGCUGUGGGGCGGGUCAGGGGCUCUGUACCCCAAAUUCCAGCUGCAAGUGCCGAAGUCCGUGAGUGUGCAGGAAGGCUUGUGCGUGGUCGUGUCCUGCUCCUUGAUCACCUAUCCUCAAAGAGGCUGGACUCAUGCCACCCCAGCUCACGGCUACUGGUUCAGAAACCCGGCCAACACAGACACUGAUCCACCAGUGGCCACAAACAAGCCAGGCCAAAAGGUGCAAAAAGACACCCAGGGCCGAUUCCAGCUCCUUGGCAAUCUCAGCCAGAGUUGCUCUUUGCUGAUCAGAGACGUACAGAUGGAGGACGCAGCAUCGUACUUCUUUCGGUUGGAGAGAGGCAGUUAUGUCCAAUAUAAUUUCAAGGAGAACAUGUUCUACCUAGAGGUGACAGACCUGACACAGAAGCCAGAGGUCUACAUCCCAGAGACCCUAGAGCCUGGGCACCAGGUGACACUCAUCUGUGUGUUUAACUGGAUCUUUGAGGAAUGCCCAGCCCCUACUUUCUCCUGGACGGGGGCUGCAGUCUCCUCCCAUGGAGCCGGGCCAAGAACCUCCUACUUCUCAGUGCUCACCCUCACACCCAGACCCCAGGAUCACGGCACUGAGCUCACCUGUCGAGUGGACUUCUCCAGAAAGGGUGUGAGCACAGAGAAGACAGUCCGACUUAGCGUGGCCUACGCCCCCAGGGACCUGGUUGUCAGCACUUCCCGGGCCAAUGUGUCAGGUACCAAGGGCCUAUUGGAGGUGUCGGGGCGUGGGGGAAUGGUGGUCCUCCUGCAGCCCUUCUGCUUUCUCUCUGCCUCUCUCUCUGCAGCCCUGGAGCCGUGGGGAAACAGCCCACAUCUGGCAGUCCAGAAAGGCCAGUUCCUGCGGCUGCUCUGUGCCGCUGAUAGCCUGCCCCUCGCCACCCUGAGCUGGGCCCUGGAGGACAGAGUCCUCUCUUGGUCCCACCCCUCCGGCUCCAGAACCCUGGAGCUGGUGCUGCCCGGGGUGAAGGCUGAGGAUGCAGGCCGCUACACCUGCCAAGCCGAGAACAGGCUUGGCGCUCAGAGCCGCAGCCUGGACCUCUCUGUGCAGUAUGCCCCAGAGAACCUGAGAGUGGUGGUCUCCCAAGCAAACAGGACAGUCCUGGAAAACUUCGGGAAUGACACAUCCCUUGUGGUCCUGGAGGGCCAAAGCCUGCGUCUGCUCUGUGUCACUCACAGCAACCCCCCAGCCCGGCUGAGCUGGGCCCGAGGGGGACAGACUCUGAGCCCCUCCCAGCCCUCAGACCCCGGGGUCCUGGAACUGCCUCAGAUACAAACAGAGCACGAAGGAGAAUUCACCUGCCAAGCUCAGAACCCGCUGGGCUCCCAGUAUCUCUCUCUGAGCCUCUCUGUGGUCUACCCCCCACAGCUGUUGGAACCCUCCUGCUCCUGGGAGGACGGGGGUCUGCACUGCAGCUGCUCCUCCCGAGCCCAGCCGGCCCCCUCCCUGCGCUGGCGGCUGGGGGAGGGGCUGCUGGAGGGGACCCUCAGCAACGCCUCCUUCAAGGUCACCUCCAGCUCGGCUGGGCCCUGGGCCAACAGCUCCCUGAGCCUCAGUGAGGGGCUCAGCUCUGGCCUCAGCCUCAGCUGCGAGGCUCAGAAUGUCCACGGGGCCCAGAGCGCCAGGGUCCUGCUGCUGCCAGGUGAAAAGAAACUUAUCUCCAACGGAGUGUUUGUAGCAAUUGGCCUUAUGACCCUGCUUUUCCUCUGCCUCAUCCCGAUCGCCGUGAAGACUUUGCGGAAGAAACGGAUCCAGGCAGAGGUUCCGGCCCCGGCCCCGGACGCCCCGGCCGCCCCGGCCGCCCCGGCCCCGGGAGAGACUCUGCGGUCCAGACUCUCCCGGAGGAGCACGAUUCUGGAUUACAUCAACGUGAUCCCUAAACCCGGCCUCCUAGCUCAGAAACGGAAAGCCAAUCCAAGCAGUCCUUCCCGGCCCCCUCCGCCAGAUGCUCACCCCCCGGAAUCCAGGCACAAGCAGAAGGAGCCCUAUUAUGUUUCCUACAGUUGUCCAGGACCCAAAGCCUCCACUCAAGAUGCAGAGUAUGAGAACAACCAAGAGGAGCUCCAUUAUGCUGUCCUCAACUUUCCAGGCCACAGGCCCUGGGAGACUCAGGGGUCCAAGGAUGCCCACUCGGACUAUGCAGAAAUCCAGCUCCACUGAGGGUCUGCUGGGCUGUAAGACUGGGAUCCAGGCCAGGGAGAAAGGGAGAGCAUGUGAGAAGAACUGUAGUGUCUCCUUUUCUCUCUUUAAUCCUCAAGGCUGACUCAUCCCAUCCCAGAACCUAGCAUUUUGGACCAGCUUGACAAAACUCUCCAGAGUGGCUUUCUGCAAAUAACACUAUUCUGAGCAGCAAGGAAAAGCUUUUCCUCUGACAAACCCAGGCCUCACCCUUGCUGGUGACUCACAGUCUCAGUUUCUCAAAGGUGGGAGGGCCUUUAAAGAUCAUCUUUGUGAGGUUGGCAAGCCAACCUCGCAGGUCAAGUCUGGCCUGUUUCCAUGCCAACUGUGAGCCAGGAGGGUUUUUUACAUUUUACACGGUGAGGGGGAAAAAAUAGAAUGUUUUGUGAUGCAUGGAAAUGACAUGAAAUUCAAAUUGCAGUGUCUUUAAAUAAAGCUUUAUUGGAACACAGCCAUGCUCAUUCUUUAU